AUGUCCCUCCGAGCAAUCCUAUACACGCCCACCCCCCCAGCACUACAAAUCCUCGAUCAGCUAAAACUCCCCCACGAGUCGGUUUACGUCCCCAUCCGUACGUGCGAAGACGCCUACGACGCGAUAAAGCGUAUGGUUGUGCGUGGGGCACCCGCGAUCGCGAUCGUGGCUGUGUUGGCUUUGGCGGUCGAACUGAGCUCCGGAGGGGGGCUUCCAGGUGAAGUCAGGGAGAGUGCGGGGGGCGCGAAGGCGUAUGUCCAUAGGCGGUUGGAUUAUUUGGUCCAGUCGCGGCCCACUGCGGUUAAUUUGGCGGAUGCGGCGUGGAAAUUGAAGGCCGUUGCCAACGCUGAAGCGGGGAGCGCCGAGACAGUGGUGAGGAGGUAUGUCCAGGCCGCAGAGAAGAUGCUGGCGGAUGAUGUCAAGGACAACGAGAACAUUGGGAGGUUUGGGGCCGAGUGGAUUUUGGAGAAUGCUGAGGUUGGAGAGGGGGAAGGGAGGGGGAGGGGGAGGGUUGCAGUUUUGACCCAUUGUAACACGGGGUUAGUUACUCCUUCUUUAUUGCCCUUUCGGGGACGUUUGUUGGGUCAAGAUGGGCAAGUGGGAGAAGAUAGGGGGUGAAAAUGAUUAUGGAUUUGGGAACAUCGCGGCUGAAGUAUGGGUCUUCUCUUUUAUUCAUUUCGAUCGUUAGUUCGCUUGCGACGGCUGGCUACGGCACUGCGUUGGGUAUCAUACGCUCGUUGCACUCCGGUUCAAACCUGACGCACACUUACUGCACCGAGACCCGUCCUUAUAACCAAGGCUCCCGGUUGACGGCGUUCGAGCUCGUUCACGAUAAAAUACCAGCGACGUUGAUCACAGACUCAAUGGCAUCUUCCCUCAUGAGCCUCAAAUCCAUAUCUGCCGUUAUCGUGGGUGCAGACCGUGUAGCUGCCAACGGUGAUACAGCCAACAAAAUUGGUACCUAUCAGUUAGCCAUCGUUGCUAAAUAUCACGGUGUCAGGUUCGUUGUGGCCGCGCCGACUACGAGCAUCGAUAUGAAGACAGUUUCGGGCAAGGAUAUUGUCAUCGAGCAUAGACCUGGAAAGGAAGUAACCGCUAUCCGUGGUCCAUUGGCGAGGAAUGACACAGUUGACAUGGAGGUGGAUUUGGAGACCGUGGGGGCGGUGGUCACAGCAGCUAGGGGUAUUAAUGUCUAUAACCCUAGCUUUGAUGUGACUCCAAAAGAUUUGAUCGAUGCUAUAGUCACCGAGAAGGGGGUUGCCAUCAAGGAUGCGAGCGGUGAUUUCGAUCUGUCGAGGCUCUUUUGA